AUGGAUGCUCACAGAUUGACCCUCCUGCACUUUAGCAUCAGUGGUUUGGCCCUUCUUAAUGAGCUCUCUGUGAUUGACAGUGAACACUUUAUUGAUUUUAUUUAUGGUCACCAGAUUCAUCCAUCCAAAGAACUAGGCGACAAGCACGAUUCCUAUCCGUCUUUGCCUUAUGAUUCAUGUCAUGUUACCACGGACUACUCCGCGCUAGUGGCCUUGCUAAUUCUCGGCGAUGAUCUUGGGCGCGUGAACAGACAGGCAGUUGUCGACGGGAUCCUAGCCCUCCAGACCUGCAACGGGAAUUUGAUGAAUGGGAGUCUCUUUUGCCCGGAAUUCGAUGCUCGCUUCAUCUUUAGCGCGGUCGCUUCCGCGUACAUUCUAGAUAAGCUGGACCAACUUAAUUUGGACGCCUUUGAAAAGUUCUUCGUUGGCUCAAUUACCUACGAAGGAGCUUUCGGCAAAUUACCGAAGCUGGAGUCUCAUGCUGGGAUUACCUACUGCGCGUUAGCCAGCUUAAAGCUAAUGAAUCGUUUGGACAAAGUGUUUCCAGCGGGAUCUUUCCAGCGUCAGAAACUCAUAAACUGGCUUCUGAGUAGACAACGAGGUGGCUUCAAUGGAAGGUCCCAAAAGGAGCCCGACACAUGCUAUACCUUUUGGGUUGGUGCUUCACUUAAAAUGCUUGACGCCCACAAAUACGUGGAGAAGAAGUCCCUGCUGGAAUUCGUCUGCUCCUCUUACGACCCGAUUGUUGGUGGUUUCAUGAGGUCGCCCGAUGCCAGUGUUGACCUUCUGCAUUCGUACAUGACUCUGGCUGGUCUUUCCUGCCUCCUAAUCGACCCCCUCUCUCCCGAAAUCGCCGGCAUGCCUUCCCCUAGCCUUAGCGAGUCCCUCAACGAUCUCCAACUGACCGAUCCGCCUAGCCUUGCCGUCUUUAGACACUUAUGUCAAAUCGUCCACGACGACGGCGGAACCGGCCUCGAACCGCUGGUUCCUGAACUCAAUCUCCCCCUGUCCACUUUCAAGCGUCUAAAGGACAUUCAUGCUAAGUGGCGCUCUGUUUCACAAUCAUGA